AUGGGGAAGACUGGUGUUGAAGCAAAUGGAACCCCCAAAUUGGCACCAUUCAACUAUAGCAUCAGCAAACUCCUCAUCCUAGGCUUCCUAUUCCAUGUCGUAUUCAUUUAUUCGGUCUUCGACUGCUACUUUACAAGUCCAGUCGUGUCCGGGAUGAAGAGUUUCAAUGUAGGCUCUUCACCCGCCAAGCGACUGGUUCUAAUAGUUGGUGACGGCCUAAGAGCGGACCUGUUGUUCAACACCUACCCGUUCCCAAAUAUACCAGGCUCUCCGAGAAUUGUUGCCCCUCACCUGCGCUCUAUCGUGGAGAGUAGAGGCGCUUUUGGUAUCUCGCACACUCGCGUUCCGACAGAAAGCAGACCUGGGCAUGUUGCGAUAAUUGGUGAGAGUCAUCUUCUCGUCUUCGGGUUACAGGGUUACUCAUGUUCCGCAGCCGGCAUGUACGAGGAUGUAUCAGCGGUUACGAAGGUCGACUUUGACUCGGUAUUCAACCAAUCAAGCGCUACGUUCCAAUUUGGCUCCCCGGACAUCACACCCAUGUUCACCCGCGGUGCUACGCCAGGCAAGGUCAAGGAAUGGUGCUAUGAUGCCGAAGCAGAGGACUUCACCAAAGACGCGACUGAGCUAGACUUGUGGGUUCUUGACCACCUUGAAUCACUACUCAGGAACGCCACCACCGAUCCAUCCCUAGACAAGGAGCUUCGACAAGAUAAAGUCGUGUUCUUCCUUCACCUCCUCGGUUUGGACACCACUGGUCACUCCUACCGGCCUCAUUCCAAGGAAUACAUGAACAACAUUCAGGUUGUUGACAGUAUCGUAAAGCGAACAGAGGAGCUUAUCUCCAGCUUUUAUGGGGACGAAGAAACGAGCUACGUCUUUACUGCAGACCAUGGCAUGUCUGUAAUUGGGAAUCAUGGCGAUGGGCAUCCUGACAACACUCGAACGCCUAUAAUCGCUUGGGGCAAAGGCGUCAGAGGUCCUCUCCCAGAUCCUAAUUCGGAAUCUCAUGAUGACUACUCUCGUCCAUGGGAACUUAGCCACCUCUACAGACGUGACAUGGAACAAGCGGAUAUUGCCCCGCUCAUGUCGAGCUUGGUUGGCAUCGACUGGCCUGUAAACUCUGUUGGUGUUUUGCCUGACACGGACCCAUCGCUACCCGGAUACCUGGACACAAAAGCGAGUGAUAGCUUCGUAGCGCGGGCUGCCUUCACCAAUGCCAAGAUGAUUCUGGAACAAUAUCGUGUCAAGAAUGAUAUCAAGAAGAGUCACAGCAUUUGGUACUCGCCUUUCAAAGCACUUCAUCAAGAUCCUCAGCAGGCCCCUGGAGAGGCCGACCUGAAAACAAUAGAAGCGCUUUUGGCCAAUGGCAGCUGGACUGAAGCACGCCGUGAAUCUCUUUCGCUUGUCAAGAAAGCAUUAUCGGGUCUUCACUACCUGCAGACAUAUGACAGGACCCUCAUUCGGACUAUCGUCACCUUCGCAUACACAGGAUGGGCUGCUUUUGCUUGCAUCUACCUCUUCCGGACAGGGGAUGUCCCUACUCCUUCUGGUCGCACCUACCACCAGAUUCUCAAUGGACUUGCGGCCGCAAUCCUGGGAGCAACCUGGAUGGUCUUCUUCGUCCAAAAGUCUCCCUGGACGUUCUACAUCUACGUUGCUUUCCCUGUGUACUUCUGGCAACAAUUCCUGGUUUAUGGUGCCCCGUCCAUCGUGGGCAGAGUCGCCUACAGUGGCUACGCGAACGUGAUCCUCCGUGUGGCACUUGUGGUCAUUUGCACACAGGCCAUGGUGCUAGGUUACACUCACCGAUCGAUAUGGAGUAUUGGCCUAUUUUUCAUCGCGGUUGUGUGGCCAUUGACAUGGAAUUCGAACGCCGAGGUGCCCGCGACCACGACGCUGGCGUGGGGGGCGUCGUCGUUACUUACGGCCGUCUUCCCUCUCCUGCCCGUGGAUAAGACCGAGAACUUGACCACAAUCCUAGCCGGAGGCGUCUCAAUCAUCGCUUUGGCGUCUCUCGGCCUUGUGAUUGUUGCGUCCCAUACAACGAAGCCAGCCGCGAGAUCUUCCAUCUACACGACGUUUGCAACUCAGGUCUUGCUCAUGCUUCUCAUGAUGCUGGUUACCGCAAGCUCCGUCCGACACUUGCAGCGCAAGAAUGGGCUUCCCGUCCUAAAUGAGACACUGGGUUGGAUUAUUUUGGGUGAGGAUAUUAGACGCUGCUGUGGACGGGCGGUUCGACUAAUUGUUCUGCUAUGUAUAGGUGUUGCUUCUCUGUUCCCCUUCACUGGAAUCGGAUAUCAGAAGACAGCCGAAUCUAGAAUCCUCAGAUACUUCCUUGGAUUCGGCCCAGCCUUCGUCAUCUUGUCGAUCAGCGUGGAAGGAAUGUUCUACGCAAGCUUCACAGCUUGCCUAUUGGCGUGGCUUGAUGUUGAGCGACGACUGCGCCAACGUCCAGAAGGCUCGCAGGAGGGAUCCGCAAAGAGUACCGCCCUGUCCAGCUAUCGAUUCCAGCCCGACGAUUUGCGUAUCGCCCUUUUCUUUUUGUUCUUUGUCCAGAUCGGUUUCUUCGGAACUGGAAAUGUCGCCUCCAUCUCAUCGUUCUAUCUGGCGCCCGUUUACCGCCUGAUACCCAUAUUCAGCCCAUUCUUUAUGACAUCCUUGUUGCUUUUCAAAAUAGUCGUUCCCUAUGUCAUGCUUGGAGUCGUAUUCGCGCAAUUGAAUAAGGCGUUGCAACUGCCGCCUUUUUCGCUCCUGCUGGUCGCGCUUGCAAUCGUCGAUGGUAUGACCUUGUCCUUCUUCUACCAGGUCAAGGACACGGGGUCGUGGUUGGAAAUUGGACAAUCCAUCAGCUUUUUCUGCAUCACAUCGCUGCUUCUCCUAUGGGCAGCUCUGAUCUGCGCCAUAGGCGAAUAUCUUAUGUCUGGUACUGUUACUCACGACUCUACUGUUAAAUCAGACUAA